CGCCUCUCUCAACCUUCUUCAACUCAAUUCAUUUUGAGAUUUAGGGUUUGGGCAGCCGAAAACAGUCGCCAUGGGACGAAGACCAGCCAGGUGCUACCGCCAGAUCAAGAACAAACCCUACCCAAAAUCACGUUUUUGCCGUGGUGUUCCGGAUCCGAAGAUCCGAAUCUACGAUGUGGGCAUGAAGAAGAAGGGCGUGGAUGAGUUUCCUUUCUGCAUCCACCUCGUUUCUUGGGAGAAAGAAAACGUUUCGAGCGAAGCCCUCGAGGCCGCCCGUAUUGCCUGCAACAAGUACAUGACUAAGUUCGCCGGAAAGGACACGUUUCAUUUGCGAGUUAGGGUUCAUCCUUUCCAUGUUCUCAGGAUCAACAAGAUGCUUUCUUGCGCCGGAGCCGAUAGGCUUCAGACUGGUAUGCGAGGAGCUUUUGGGAAGCCCCUGGGUACUUGUGCUAGGGUUGCUAUUGGUCAGGUGCUUCUCUCCGUUCGCUGCAAAGACAGCAACAAGAGCCACGCUCAUGAGGCUCUGCGCCGCUCCAAGUUCAAGUUCCCUGGGCGUCAAAAGAUCAUUGAGAGCAGGAAAUGGGGCUUUACCAAGUUCAGCAGAGCUGACUAUGUCAGGUUGAAGGCAGAGAAUCGUAUUGUUCCUGAUGGUGUCAAUGCCAAGCUUUUGGGAUGCCAUGGAUCUUUGGCGUUGCGCCGUCCCGGAGGAGCAUUCAUAGACGCUGCUGUGAACUGAUUUCAUGUAAUCCAACUUUCCAUUCGGAAUUAAGAUUUUAAAUUUUGGGCAAACUUCUGUUGGAGUUUAUGUUUGAUGUUUUUAUCAAGGUUUUUGGUUAUCAAUAUGUUAUCAGAAUGCUGUUGCUUUGCAUGAAUUGGCUUGUUAUGUUAUGAGUCUCUUUUAAUGUUCUUAUCUGGUCCUGAUAUA